AUGCCGCUCACUACGCCGCCUGCAACACCGCGCAAGGCUCGCUCUCCUCGCCAGACCGCUUCGAUCGCAUCAGAGCUUGCCUGGGCACCGCCGAGGCCGCGCAGAACGGUUUCGUCGCCCGAACGAGCGAAGGAGCCUUUGACCCCUUCGCGUCGCUCGACGCGCUCGACCAUCAGGCGCGACUCUCCUCCCGCUACUCCUGCCGUUGCGACUAGCUCAUCGACGAAUCAGACGCGUCACGAGCCUCCCACGCCGCCUGCGACGCCGAGAACGCCGUCGCAGACCGGCUUCUCCGCCAUCAUCGCAAAGCUCUGUCACUCGACUGGUAAGAUUAACCCAGACUACCAGCCGAAGCGCGGCGACAACAAGAGCUGCGACCCUUGCGACAAGCGGCGCGAGAAGUGCGACCACUACACCGUCUGCGGAAGCUGCAUCGUGCAUGGUACCGUCUGCACCUGGCAUCGCGCGACCCCUCUCUACGAGCGCGAGACCUUCGCCCCCUCCGAGAACGAUUCCGCGCUCGACAAGCUCGCUAGCGAGGCGCUGGCAUUGCGCAAGAAGAUGGCCGACCUCGCUUCGCGCGCUGGACUCGACGCGGAGCAUCUCCUCAAGCCGGAUGUUCUGUCGUCCGUCCUCACCGAGGGUCUCCCGCUUUCUCCCCCUAUCUCGCCUGCUACUGUCGAGGAGCUUACGGAUGAGACCAAGGAGGAGACGGAGGCGGUUACCCCGAAGAAGCGCAGCCUCACCAUCAAGCUCGCCUCGAUGCGCUUCACGAGCCAGCCUGCCCCGUCUCUUCCGCCACUUCCUCCUUCACCUCCAGUCCUCGACUAUGUGCCGAAAGUCCACGCCCCGACCCUCCCCUCAUUUCCUGACAAGCCGCCUUCCUCGCUCGCGUGUCUCGCCGCAGAAGGCACCGCUCGGGCUCCUCUUGCGGCGCAGCCGGCUCCUCAGCCUCUCUACGCCCUCGUCGACCAUCCGUCGCCAACCAUGUCCCGCCCGCACGCCUUCGGACCUCCUCGUCGUCCCGCCUCGCCUCUCUCGCCAACCGCCUACUUUGCCUUCAUCCGUUCUCCGAACCCCUCGCCUGCUCUUCCGCCGACCGCCCUUCCGGCUCUCCUCCCCUCCGCCUUGCCGGCCCUCCCAUCGCCCACCUUCGCACACUCUUCGCCGCCCAAGUUCCGCCCGCGCGGCUUGCAGGCUACCCUCAGUCCCGAGGUCGAGCUCAAGCCGUGCUGGGCCGACUGGGCUUGUCGUACCGACGACGCCUUCGAUGCCGGUGCGAGCUGGACGAAGACAGGCGGCGUCGAGGGAGACUUUGUCGUCAAGGCGGAGGAGGUCGAGGAUGACGGCUUCAUGCGCUGCGGUGGGAUCUGA